AUGCAUCUGAUGUACACUCUUGAUGAGGCGGGUAGCCGUAUCUACACCCUCAAGAAGGUGGUUGACGGCAAGGUCACCAAAUCUGCCCACCCCGCUCGCUUCUCUCCCGACGACAAGUGGUCGCGCCAGCGCGUGACGCUGAAGCGCCGCUUCAACCUUCUCCUGACCCAGCAGAAGGCCGAAUAA